CUUAAUUAAAGCGCGGCACCCUCUGGGUGCCCGGAGGCAAAAGCCAGCACUAAUAGGGAUAUAUGAAGCCUCGUAGACAAUGCCGACACUGGACAGAGGCUCUGCUACUUAGUACCUAGGUACGUACGGUUAAAGUAAUAAGAGCUAAUCGGUCUUGAUAUUUCUCUAAUCCCAUGUACUAAUGACAUUUCUUCUUAUUUACAAUAUCUCCCUCAUAUUCACACCAUCGAGAUUUUUGGCUUAAUUGCCCAUCUUUCUCUUAUACAUAUACUAGCCUCAUCGUCCUAAUCGACAUGACCCCAGAUUUGAAGCUCGAUUUCUACCCCGCAUCAGACCCCAACCGUACAGGGGUUCUCGUGCUCCCAGGCGGCGGGUACGAGUUUAUUUCCAUGGAUAACGAAGGAACGGCUCCAGCACGAUGGCUCAACGACCACCGGUUAGACGCGUGGGUACUCUCAUACACGACCGCCGGUCCGUCAAGCCCGGCACCCAUCUUCCCGGCUCCACAACGCGAAGCACUUGAGGCCGUGCGGCACAUUCGGGCAUCGGGGCGUGUUGAUAGGCUAGGAAUAUGGGGCUUCAGUGCCGGCGGGCAUCUUGCAGCCGUGACAGCGACGGAUCCCGGUGCAAACCUAGAUUUUGCGAUCCUUGCUUAUCCGGUUAUCAGCAUGGCGGCCGGUACGACCCAUGAGGGCUCACGACGCAAUCUGAUCGGCGACGGGUGCGAAGCUGGUAGUGACGCCGAGAAUGCCAUGUGCGCUGAGAAGCGCGUCGACACGAACACGCCGCCAACAUUCCUGUUCCACACCGCAAACGACGAUGUAGUGCCAGUGCAAAAUACGUUGGGGUUUGCUGCGGCGAUGGCCAAGCACAAGAGGCCAUUUGAAACUCUUAUUCUUCCAGCUGGUCCACAUGGGCUAGGGUUAGCACUCGGCGAUGAACGGUUGGGUUGGACGAGUGAAUUAGAGAGAUGGUUGAAGUUUUCCGUUUUAAAUGUUUAGACUCUUACGCAGAGCAUCUUAUUAAGAGUUUAUGCUUCCAAUGUUCAGCAAAAACUGGAAGAAUCCGCUAAACUUGGGCUUCUCUACCUAGGCAUAGUUAGAACGUAGAUACUUGAUACACCUAUGUCUACAUAAAAGAAGUAAGGCUUAGCACGACUGCUGGGUCUCAACCCUUUCACCGGCUGCGCCAUUUUAUUGAUAGAAAGGGUUAUAUAAAGUAUUUGCUGCUUCAUUCGUGUAGGAUCGAUGUAGUUAAGUUAUAGCAUGACGAAAGCUUCUGAAGCGAUACUGGCAUUCUUCCAAGGCCAGAGGGCAAACCAACACCGGUGUGGAAAGUGGAAACAGUAGAAACGAAGAGGCCUAAGAAUCAGGC